AUGAAGCUGUCCGUCCUUGCCGGCAUCGUCCUCUUCAGCAGCUCAGCUUUCGGCUGGAUGAGAUGGGAAUGCAGACAGACCCCGAACUCGGGCUGGGGCCCUUCGAACUGCUCUCCGGAUGACCAGCGUCAGUGCACUACCUCAGCGUGUAACAGCAACUGUCAACGUGGUGCUCCUUGGAGCAACGCCCGCAGAUAUGUAAACGUAGACCUUGGAGAUGCUUGCGACUGCUACUGCUGGAACUGA